AUGGCCCAUGGAAAGGCUCCCUUCCCGGCCCCUCUCGACAUUCAAAGGCGCUGGGGCCGCAGCUGCCGCCACACAAAGGCGCGCGCAGCCAAUGGGAGCGGAGCGCAGCGCGGCGCGGCCUCGCCGGAACCGCGGGGGACAGCGGGGACCGCGGGCGCGCGGGGCGGGGGAGGAGGGGGGACGCGGGGCGCGUGGAACCUGGCGCGGUCCUCCGGCCGCAGCGCGCAGCGCCUUGCACACACACGCGGGCGGCGUGCACACGGAGCGUGCACACCACGGGAGACGUGCUCCCGGACAUGUGGAGGCGCGUUCGCCAGCGCAGACGGGCAGCGAGUGCACACGACCCAAAGGUCCCUGGGCACCGCACACAGGUCACUCGGGGACGUGCGCACACAGGCUGGCGCACGUGCGAGCCUGACUGCAGGCGCAAGUGAAACUGGAAAGCCAGCAAGCAGCCGCAAGCAGGAUCCAGGCACUGCCGCACAGACUUGCACACAACCAGGAACAAAUGCCUUGUUAAAGCAAGACGUUUGCCCAAAGACACACAGAAGGGGACACACAGUGCAGACGCAGCAGGUGUCACUUCAUUCCAAAACUGGCUCCGCCCCACGUGUACACUGGACAGAAGCGACCUGUCUUGACUGUGACACAAGACCAACUUCGAACUUGUCGAAAUGGGUAAACUACAAAUUCACAGGCUUUAAAAUGCACGAAAAGAGGUUACCGGGAAACAGAAAGCAGAGGAUCGCUAAGGGUGUGGAGAAUGAGCGAGGUGUGAGAGGCGAAUCUCGGCCCAGCGUUUGAUCCUGUGGUGGCUCAUCCUGCUCUCUGUGCUCACACAGCUGUCUGCGUGACCCUCGGUAAACUAUGUGUUUCUGAGUCAUCUCUUUGGAGACAAGGCCUGAGGUAUUGAAAGCCCUCAUUAGAGAGGCUUCUUUUCCCCUCCCAGUGGAUGACAGCUAAUACAGAGACACAAAUGGUCAAAAUCUGAGAGAAUACGAGUCUGCAGGGUGCUCAACCAUAAGUAAGACAUCUAUGUCACACCCCUUCCCCUGAGGCUUGAGGAACAUUUUGGAAGAGGCUGAAAGAUUGGGAAAGCCAGAUUACAGAGAGAGCUGUCAUAAAACAGUGGCCUCUGGGUAUCACAAGGGUAUGGCACUCGUGAACACAGCAGCUGUAGCUGCCACAUACUACCAAACUACAUAAUACCAGGUCAGUCCACAUUUCAGCAUGGAUGGGAAAC